ACAUUUUACGACUGUCCCUAAGAACACUCCACACCAGAGAGCUCGAGAAAAGUUUUCCAAAUAUUCACUUUAUUCAGGCUGUCGGACAGUUUAAAGACCUGGCUCAGACGUCCUGUGGAGAACAAUAUUUAUAAAUCAUUUAGCUCAUGAGAUGAAGCAAGAAACCAUGGCUGCGGCGUUACUGUCAGAGACGGAGAUCAGACAGGGGUCUAUGGCAGAGGAGGAUCCGAACGGGAAUGAACAUGGGGCGGCUGCGCGCAGCACCGCGCCUCGCUGGGGACCGCAGCACGCUGGAGCCCAACAGCUCGCCAAGCUUUACUCUCCAGGAAAGCGGCUGCAGGAGUGGGUCUGUGUGGUUCUGUGCCUCUCGCUCCUUGCUCUUAACCUCUCCUUCCUCUUCCUCAACUUCUCCACAGUGCACAUCUACAGAAUCCUCUUUGGCAUUGUGACUGGUAUUGUGACAGCAGAUUUUGCCUCUGGGAUUGUACAUUGGGGAGCUGAUACAUGGGGUUCAGUGGACAUCCCUGUAAUUGGAAAGGCAUUUAUUCGCCCGUUCCGGGAGCACCACAUUGAUCCAACGGCUAUCACACGGCAUGACUUCAUAGAGACUAAUGGAGACAACUGCAUGAUCACCAUCCUGCCUCUGGCCCACAUGGCCUAUAAAUUCCUCUCCUACCCACCAGAUGCCCUUGCAGAGUCCUACCCCUGGGAAUGUUUUGUUUUUGCGUUGGCUGUCUUUGUAACCAUGACUAAUCAGAUCCACAAGUGGUCCCACUCCUACUUCGGCCUGCCACUCUGGGUCACACUACUGCAGGACUGCCACCUAGUGCUCCCACGGAAACACCACCGGAUCCAUCAUGUGUCGCCACAUGAGACGUACUACUGCAUCACCACAGGGUGGUUGAACUACCCGCUGGACAGAGUUGGUUUUUGGCGGACGAUGGAGUGGUUGAUCGAGAGAUUGACGGGUCAGAAGCCACGCAGUGAUGACAUGGUGUGGGCCAAGAAAUCCGAGUGACCGGGAUAGCAGGACGGAAUUCCCUCUCUCAUCCAUCUUUCCCCCUCUUUAGGGGGAACACAAACUGAAUAUGGGCCUUACCUCUGUACCCCAAAACCUUUCUCCUUUAAUGUUCCUGUGUCCAUCUGUCUCCUCUAAACCAUCUUCUCUACAGCACAUAACCACAGACCACUCUUACCGCUGGGGCCUUUUCCAGUCACUGAGGUCUGCUACACGCAAGCCAUCACCUGUUCCUCCUCUACUGGCUCCCUCCUCUCUUUUUGUAGAUGUCCAUACACAAAGAAAUAGUCGAAAGACAAUAUGAAUUUCAAAAGGGUGGUUUCAAACUGUUGAGAUAAUGAUGAGAGACACUGUUUCUCUCCCAAUCCUUUGCUCCAUCUCCACGUGCUUUCCCGUUUGCGGUGUGUAAAAUGUAUGUUUUCUGGAGGUUGGGCUCUCCAGAGGACCUAAACCAUGUUGUGAUUUUCCCAGCAUGGUUUUCAUAGCAAGGCAUGGAAUUAGAUAAGCAAUGAAAUCGGGAUUCCACAAACUGCGAGAAAUGUUUCUUUCUUAUCUCAAACACUCUCCAGUUUCAAAAAAGCAUCUCGGCAGCAUUAAAACACUCCCUUAGUUCGAACCGAAGGAAGCACAGAGGAUCCAUUUCUCAAAAAACACAGGGAAUGGGUUUUGUUGGCCAACCCACAUGGUCAGUGCUCAGUUGACCCGACUGAAUGUUUUCCCUGAGUGUUAUUUACUGAGCUUGUGUUAGCCUUAAGUACAAACCCAUUAAACUUAUUUCUAAUCAGCUCACAGCUUAGUAGUGAUGAUCACUGAUUGUGUCUCUGGUGUGUUGACAUGUUACUGAUAUUUGGAGUUGUAUUAACAGUCUAGCUCGCGAUGUCCUCCUGCUGCAUCCUGUGGUACAACGGUUUAACAAAGGUUGUACUAGCAAAAUCUCACUUUAGAAAAAGGUCAAUUUGAAUCUGAGUUACCAAGCUUUAUUAAAGAGAUUUUUUUUUUUAUGUAAUGAAUAUUCACACUAUUUAAAGUGGUACUUUUCAUGCAAAAAUUAAGCAAGAAAACAGCCAAAUACACUCCCUAUUUUCUCUCUCACACAUAAUUACACAUGCACACUUACAGAUUUUAAUCAUGAACUCCAAAAACACACUCUGUGAAGAUUUCCUGUUGAUUUGUCAUUUGUGCUAAACUGAUAAAUGGAGAGAAUAGGGUUUUUAUAUAGUGGUUCGGUAUGGAUUGUCUCACAUUCUCUCACAACAGCUGCAGCUCCACAAUUUGGAUUUUAUUGUCUGGCUUUUUUUUUUUUUUUUUUUUUUAUCAGAGUGCAAUAUAACACUCAGUCUCAUAUUUGUUAUUUGAUCUUACUUUCCAUCUUGCAGCUAAUGCUUGCUGCUAUUCUGCCUUAAACCAAUGUUUUUAUUAGCUGUAUGAUUUAAUAAAUAUCUAAUAAAUAACAUUUGAUUAUCUAA